AUUGACUUAAACAAAUCCUCCAAAAAAACGAAAUUGCUGCUAAAUUUCCUCUCAAUUCCUUCAUCCUCACCGCAAAAAAAUCAAGUGAAAAUCUUAGCAAAUAUUAGUGGAAAAGAUUCACAUGUAAGGUGUAAUAGAGUGGCAAAAAGAAUCCAAGAAAAUGGUUCCAAUUUUCUUGUUUUUCCAUUAAGAUACUCUAUUCAUCUCCUAUAAAAAUCCAAGAAAAAAAGGUACUGCGAUUUUUCUUAGUUUCUUCAAAGUUUUAAUGUACUUUAUAAUCCAAGAAAAGGGUCAUAAGAUUCUUGGUUUUUUUGUUUUUUUUAAGGUAUAGUACAAUCCAAGAAAAGGGACAUCAUAUUAUUAAUCUCUUGUUUGUUUGAUGGCUUUUUUGAUUCGGAAGAUGCUAGAAAAACCUCAAUUUUAUUCAGAAAAAAGUGUUAGAUGUUUGAGUUGUACACUAGAUGAUUGUCAUGAUGAGUGUGGUGAAUAUGUUGUUCCUAGUGAUGGUCCAUUUUAUCCUCCUCCUCCUCCACCCUCUAUAAUUCAUGUCACAAGUGAAAAAUAUCACAUGCCUUUUUAUCUUAUAUUAAUGCUAUGUGUACUAGGGGCUGUAUUUUUGUUCAUAUGUUACAUGAUUAUACUUAAGAGGAACAGGUCCAAUUCAAGAAUUAGGAGAAGUGUUUCACAAUUGGAUGAAAAUAGAGAGGAUGAUUUUGUUAUUGAUGAGAAUCAUGGACCAGUUUUGGAUCAUCCAAUUUGGUAUAUACGUACUGUUGGACUUGGGCAAGAUGUGAUCGAUUCGAUUUCAGUGUUUAAGUAUAAGAAAGAUGAGAUGUUGAUUGAAGGGACAGAUUGUUCUGUUUGUUUGACUGAAUUUGAGGAAGAUGAGAGUUUAAGGUUGUUGCCUAAAUGUAGUCAUGCUUUUCAUGUACCUUGUAUUGAUACUUGGUUAAGGUCACACAAGAAUUGCCCGUUGUGUCGCGCUCCUAUAGUGUCCGAUAUGAAUAAUGUUCCUCGAAUGGACCAUGUUGUGGAAGUUGUAUCGAACACUAAUGCAAGUGAUGAGUCUGGUUCAAAUGAUGUUGAUCAUCAGUUGGAGAAUACUGAAUUGAGUGAAGAGGGGAAUCAAGAAACGAGGGGUGGAGUUGAAGAUCUUGAUGAAGAGGAGGGGAGAUCCACGAUGGACCUAUCGAUGAAAACUCCACGUGUUGUUGAUGGUAGGAGGAAAGGGGUUCGUGUUUUUAGUGAUUUGGCUGAUCAGCAUCGAGUGAAAGUGAACAACAAUGAACUACAACCAGCACGAAGAUCGGUCUCAAUGGAUUCGUCUGUUGCUCAAGUGAUUCAUCUCGCGGUGAGUGAGAUGAAUUCGGGGAGAAUUGAAGGGUGUUCGAGUUCAAAAAGAGGAGAUAGAAAUUCAAGUUUGUGUAAAGCAAUGAAGAGUUCUUCCUUUGGACGUUCAUUGCAAAAAGUGCCUAUUAGUAUGAAGAGCUCUUUUUCUACUAGUGGAAAGUGUUCAUUGCCCACAACUAGCAAGAGUCAAGAUCUAAGACAAACAAUCUAAGAAAAUUUCAAUUUGGUUUUUUUUUGGGGGGGUGGGGGUUGAGGGGUGGGGGGAUAGAUGUGGUGUCCAGAUCAACUUUCAUGCACUUUGACUAAAUUCAUGGGAUACCUAUCAUAUCCCAACAGCAACAGAUAUCAGUUUUGCUUCUUGAAUUCUUCAAGUGGGGUUCAAGAUUUUCCUCUAUAUAUUUGAAUCAUAUAUGAAAAUGUAAGUGUAAAAGUAAUGUUUCACAUCAAGGACUUGGAAACAUAUGAAUUGAGCUAUAA